AUGAAUAACAAAGUGACGAGAAACAUAGAAAAGCACCUGCUGGAUGCGCUGCGCGAUAAAGAAAACGAAAUAGACCUGGAAAUUAAGAGAUACGAAAAACUGGAAAGAAAAAUAUACGAUGAUAAUGAUGAAGAACUAGAAUUUAUAAAAAAUAAAAGAUUACAAGAACUUAAAAAUAAACAUAAUGAAAAUUUAAAUUUGUUAAAAAAGGGACAUGGAAUAUAUAAGGAAGUUUUAUCAGAAAAAGAAUUUUUCGAAAUCUGUAAAAGUUCGAAAAAUGUAUGUUGCCAUUUUUACAGGAAUACCACCUGGAGGUGUGAAUAUUUGGACAGCAAAUUGAUCAGCAUGUCCAAGAAAUUUCUACAUAUUAAUUUUAUUAAGAUUAAUGCUGAGAAAUCUCCUUUUCUCUGUGAGCGUUUGAAAAUUUGGUGCAUUCCUACCUUGAUGCUUAUUCAGAAUGGAAAAACUGAGCAUUCCAUUAUUGGUUUUGACGAGCUAGGCGGAGAUAAUUUUUCCGAGCAGACCCUCAUUAAUGUUUUAAAGAAAUGGAAAUUAAUUGAUUCGAAGGAAACUGAGGAUUGA